UUUCGGCACCGACGUCCUCUCUUACUUCCUGUUCGUCAAGACCCUCCUCUUCUUCAACAUCUUCCUGUUCCUGGUCACGGGUUUGUUGCUGGCCGUGCCCCAGGCAGUACACCCCCCCACAUUAACCCAGGGACACAAAGCCUUCUCUGGGCUGGAGCUGCUCACUGGAGGGGGUUAUUUCUCAGACUCAGUGAUGUACUAUGGUUACUAUAGUAACUCUACCCUGUCUAAGGACUGUAGAGUCACUAGUAGCAGUAAUGGAAACAGAUCAGGAGUGAAGCCGCCCUACAACAUGCCCCUGGCAUACUUCUUCACCAUAGGACUGGCUUUCUUCAUCACCUGCAUCAUCCUCGUCUACAGCAUGUCCAAGUCGCUCGGUCAGAGUUUCCGUAUAGACAAGUCACAUGGUAUCCUGGCGAUGAAGGUGUUCUGUUCCUGGGACUUUAAAGUCAUCAAGAAAACCUCCGUCAAACUCCGGUCUGAAAACAUCUGCAUUCAACUCAGGGAGUUGUUAGAGGAGACGAGUCGUAAGCAUGUCCAGAAGACUGCGUGUCAGAGAAUAGGACGUGUGCUGGUACAUGUUCUGGCCUGGUUCAUCUGUAUCGGCAGUACAGUGGCCUGUGUUCUAGCUCUCUACUACUUCUCUGAGUACAUGCACAAGGACCUCCAGUACAGAUCUCGUAUUCCCACUAAGGACCCUCUCCUGAAGGAAGCCAGUCUGUUGGCCCUGCCAGUCGUAGUGUCUCUCAUCAACCUCCUGCUCCCUGGCAUCUUCAACGCUACUGCCUGGAUGGAGGAGUACGACUCGCCCAGCGUAAACACAUACAUCGCCAUCAGCAGGAAUCUGAUGUUGAAAGUGAGCGUGCUGGUAGUGCUGUGCUUCCAUUGGCUGGGCCGGAUCGCUUCUGACCCCCACAGCAUCGGCCUGCAGUGCUGGGAGAGUUUUGUAGGACAAGAGCUGUACCGCUUCCUCCUCAUGGACUUCAUCUUCACCAUACUGGACACCUUCUUUGGAGAGUUCCUCUGGAGGUUGUUUUCUCAGAGGGUGUUGAAGAGGAAAAGAAAGCCUGUGUUUGACAUCUCCAGGAACGUGUUGGAACUCAUCUACGGACAGACUCUGGCCUGGUUGGGGGUGUUGUUCACUCCUCUGCUUCCUGCUGUACAGAUCAUCAAACUACUGCUUCUCUUCUACAUGAAGCAGACUAGUGUGAUGAUGAACUGCCAGUCCCCUAGGAAGCCCUAUAGGGCCAGUCAGAUGAGCACCAUCUUCAUCACUCUCCUCUGCUGCCCUUCCUUCCUGGGGGCUGCUGUUUGUGUCAGCUACACCAUGUGGAGUAUCCGUCCGUCUGAGUCAUGCGGUCCGUUCCGCAGCCUGUCCACUAUGUUCCAGUCAGGGAAGCUGUGGGUGAAGGAGCUGGAGACACACAACCCUAACCUGGCCUGGUUAGCCUGGGCUCACAGCUACAUAGUGGAGAACCCUCUGUUUCUGUUCCUCGCUGCUGGGAUCUUCCUGAUAGUGAUUUACUUCAACACCCAGGUGGUGGAUGGACAGAGGAAGAUUAUCAGUCUGCUGCAGGAGCAAAUAGAAAACGAGGGGGAGGAUAAGAAGUUCCUGAUCACUCGUCUCCAGGCCAUCCACCAGCAGAAACGACCCCUCUCCCCUCGCAGACUCACCAGUCAGGCCAGUCAGGAUUCCAACUGUUAGCAUUCCAACUACUGAAAGGGCAUAGUAAGUUCAUUCUCUCCCUUCUCAUUGGAGGGAAUAUCUCAGAAAAUGUCCUGAAUGGACCAACCUGGAUGUAGCUCUCCUCUCCUGCCUCUGGGAAGAGUUGUUAAGGGAUUCUUCAACUGGAAAACUAUUCUCAUAGGAAGCUGAGUUGAGACUAUAAAGGAAUUGACUUCUUUACAAUAACAAAUCCCACAGACGCCAAAACGUGAAUCUGAUAGGAUCCACACUCUUUCCCAGGAAGCUGGUCCUUAUAAGGAUUGGGAAUAGGAUUGGGAAUGGGACAAAGCAUGCUUUCCCUCUUCCAAUAACAGACUACACCUCAUAGGGAAAGACCACUUUAUAGGAUCUUACUAUGGCCAGGCCAUAGGCUCCACCUUACUGUAACUAGGCUACAUAGGAAAAGACCACCGAGUUUUUAUGAA